ACAGAAGAGAUAAUGCGGUGACCCUUUUGUAUCCCAUGUUUGUGUGUGUGUUCACAUUGAACAAGCAAAAGGAAAGAAGAGAAUUUGGGGAAAUAUAUUAUAUUGUUGCCGAUAGUGUUGUUCUUCCCAGGAAGACAAAGAGAUAAGAGAGAGAGGUUGUCGGGUUUGGGUUGGGUUGGGUUGGGUUGUGUGUUGUAAUAUAUCUUUGUUCUUUUUCUAUGCUUUUAAGGCACAAAUCCAUCCCCUUCUCCUUCUCCUUCUCCUUCCCCUCUUCUUCUUCAUCUUCCUCCUGACCCUUAUUAUUCCUUUCCCUCAUCCACAGAGGGAAGGAAGGAGGAAGAACAAACCAUUCUAUUUAUCUAUUAUUUUUUAUUAUUAGUAUUUUUCAUUAUUAUUUUCCUUGGAACCAUGGAUUCGAUGUGUCUCUCCAACGAUGCAGCUUCUGGGUUAAAAGAUAAGGAGUCAAUGGUUGACCCCUUUUUGGUCGAGGCUCUCCAGAACCCUCGCCAUCGCCUUACCAUUUUGCGGAUGGAGCUGGAUAUCCAGAGGUUUAUGAAUAAUGCUGAUCAGCAGCAUUUUGAGUUCCAACAUUUCCCUUCUUCCUAUCUCCGACUGGCUGCCCAUCGUGUUGCUCAACACUAUGGUAUGCAAACAAUGGUUCAAGAUAAUGGCUUAGAUGGCCAGGGAAGUAAAAUUCUGGUGAGAAAGUUACCAGAAAGCAAGUAUCCUGUGGUUCGAUUAUCUGAGAUACCUGUGAAACAGUUGGAAGAUGAUAAAUCUGAGCAGAAAAAAAUUGUCAUUAGACCUAGGCCUAAUAAAUCUAGUUUGAAUGAAGCCAAUGAAGCUGGGAUAAAAGGAAAUCGUCUGAGAAGUGUGGAAGAGAGGAAGGAGGAAUAUGAUAGGGCACGAGCACGUAUCUUCAGUAGCUCUAGGGGCUCUGAUUCAGGUGAUACCCUAUCCCUGGUACCAAUGGAUGGGAAAAUUUCUUGUAUGAACAAGGAUGAGAACGAAACUAGCAGGAACCCCGUUGGUGAUUCAGAAAGAUACAUUAGUGUCAGGGAUAUUAGCUCUACUCGAGUUGCCAUUUUCAGAGAUAGGGAAAAGGAUCGCAGUGAUCCAGAUUAUGAUCGUAGCUAUGGAAGGUAUGCUAGGAGUGUUCCAACCCCUGUCGUUAACUUGGUGCCUUUUAAUUUGCAAAAGGCUCAACCUUCAUUUGCUCAAUAUGACACUACUUUUAGUCAGUUAGGUCACAUGUCACAAACUCAGGCAUCCCUUGGCUAUGGACCUCCUGCAAGCCCGAUAAUGAGUCCUUUUAGCCCUGCGGGAUUGAAUCAGACACCUAGGGAUGGUGCUUACCUACAGUGGCCCAGUGCUACAAUGAUGUAUGCACACUCAUAUGACCAAUUUAGACAUGCUGUUUUCCAGGCUCCAUUUGGUCAACAGCCAUUGAGCUUUGACUAUUCACAGAACUACUAGAUGACAAUUAGGAGGGAGUUCUCGAUUUGGAUACAGAAACAGAAAGUUAUGUUAGCUUUAUAGGAUUUUAUAAAUUAGUUUCGUUUUUCCGUAUUCUGUCAUAGACCCUUGUUCCUGUUGUGGUAGUAUGUGUAUGGUUUUCAGUUUUGAUGGUUAUAGUAAAUUAUUGGGUACUAGUAGUGCGACAGUUUAUAAAAUAGUGAAUCGUAGUUGAUUACCGGAUUUAACAUAUAUGAUAAGGUUUAUGUGAUGGUUUAAGAUAUGCUUUGUCUAA